AUGUUCUCCACAGUUUUUUAUGCUUGGCUUUUUUUGGCAUCUCUAGCUAAGUAUUUAGCAGUAGCUGGUUCCAAAAGUGAACUUCGACAUCUUACUUCUAACAAGGAAUUUAUUAACAGACUUGCGGAAGGUCAAUUUGAAGUGGUUCACCCAUUCCAAAUCCGUGAUAAAAACGAUCGUAUUGGUAUUGAUACCAGAAAUCAUUACUUAAAUGGCAGUGUCCAUUACAAGUUAGUUACUAUCGUUAUUCGGAGUACAUUUGUUGGACGAUUGAAACUACUUUUGGGUUUGAAUGAAUUAUUAUUUCUCAAUGCGACUAGUUUUCGAAAACUUGAUAGUGAUGGAGAUUCUGCAAUCAAUCGACAUGUUGAAAAUUGUUAUUAUCAAGGAACUGUUAAUGGUGAAGAUGGAUCAUUUGUGGCACUAUCAACAUGCAAUGGUUUGCGAGGUAUCAUAGCUUUCGAUAAUGGUUCAGCAUAUGGCAUAUGGCCCUUAGACGGAGGUGACCGUGGACGUCGUCAUCCACAUGUUUUGUAUCGCAUUAGAUGGUCUCAAUCAGCUAAUUGUGGUAGUCAACUUGGCGACAAUUUAAAACAGUUUAAAAAAUUGUUGAAACGUGAUGUCACGAAACAAAUAAAAUAUAUCGAAUUAGCUGUGAUUGGAGAUAAUUCCUUCAUGAAGGAACAUGAUUUAAGCGAAGAAGAGGCUACUGCAUUCAUUUUAGAAUCUAUAAAUAUUGCUGAUUAUUUUAUUUAUAAAAGUGUUAAAAAUUAUGACUUAUUUUAUUACAUUCAUCAUACAUAUCAUAUUUUAGCAAAAGAUUCUUCGCUGAUUUUUACAUCAACAAAAUUUGUCAAUAAUGAAAUGGUAGCAAGUACUUCUGGAAGUAUUUGCUCAUCACGUGCUACUGGUCUGAUUAUGGCAGUGGAUACUUAUACAGCGCAUAGUACGGGUCAGUUGAUUGCUCAUAGUUUGGCUCAUGUUUUGGGAAUAGAUGAUGAUUCUAUGGAUUGUACAUGUGAUUCUAUGAGCAGGUGUGUUAUGCAGAAACAAGCAGGUACAAAUGGAUCACCAUUUUUGUGGCAGUUCUCAAAAUGCAGCAUAGCAAGAAUGCAUAGCGUAUUGCAAUCAGGAUAUUUGCAGUGUUUGUUGAACAAACCUUUACAGGCAUGUAUUUAUUUUACAAUUAUAUUAUUUAUUUCUGCAAAGGCAUCAACUUUGCAACAAUGUGGUAAUGGUAUUCUCGAUGGAGAAGAGGAAUGCGAUUGUGGACCUCGAGAACAAUGUCUCGAUCCGUGUUGUGAUCCACUUACUUGCACUCUUCGAGCUCAUGCACAGUGUGCUUCUCAUCAGACAUGCUGUCAUCGUUGCCAGCUUCGCCCAGCAGGACAUAUAUGCCGGUCACCGAGAUCCACUUGCGAUGUUGCAGAAAUAUGUACAGGAGAUCAUGGAGAUUGUCCCCAAGAUGGAUAUCUGGUCGAUGGUACUUUAUGUGGCAUUAGUGGACAGUGUUGGAAAGGAAAUUGUUCAGAUGUUGAGCAACAGUGUCGCGAUCUUUGGGGUUCAGAAUCAACGACGGCUGAUGAACAUUGUUAUGAAAGGAAUGGACUUGGUGUAGAGUAUGGAAAUUGUGGCAUGGAUCGAGAUGGAAUGUAUCAAAAGUGUGAAGUGGAAAAUGUCCACUGUGGAACGUUACACUGCCGAGGAGGUUUUCAAAUACCGUUAGACACCAAGCUAAAUUCAUUCAAUCUACAAUUUUUGCACGAAACUAAGCAAGUUCAAUGCAAAACUGUAACAAGUUUGGAAGUUGGUAUGGUUAUGGAUGGGAAUAGCUGUGGUUCAGGAAAAGUUUGUGUCCAAGGAAUUUGCUUGCCACUAGUUCACGUUUCUCCACCAGUUCAUUGUCCAAGCAAUAAUCUUGCAUACCAAUGCUCAGGACAUGGGGAUUGCACAACUACCCAACGAUGUGUAUGUUAUAGCGGCUGGAUAGGUGUUGCUUGUGAUAGGAAAUCAAAUAUCACUCAUUCGACAACUACUACUGUAUCAUCAGAUAUUUCUCAUUUCAGUGAGAUGUUUAUUCCAACAUUUACUGGAGACUAUAAACUGAAUACAAUAACUCUACUUAUUAUUCUUCUUGUUGUGGGCGUGUUCCUUCUAUUAUUCCUCAUAUGUCUACUGUUCUGCUAUCGAAGACAAAGCAAAGUUGAUUUUUCUUGUCCAGCUGAUGAGAAGUUAAAUGAAAGCAUACCUGAAAAUACCCAACGCGCUAUAAAAUUUGGUAAUAUGCCGAGCUAUCGUGAGGAAAAAAGGAAAAGAAAAGCAGACAAACAUGUGUAUGAUGCACUACAACGAAUCAAUGAAGCCAGUGAUGAACGAGACAGUGCUUCUGUAAAAUCAGGAGGUACAAUUCUAGAGAAUGGUGGAUCGGUAUCCUUAGGCAGAAAUUAUGGUAAUUAUGUGGAAUACGAUCCAAGACAAGAAAUAGUCACAACUAUGUUAAAUGGUACUGCAACUACCAUAUUGAAACGUGAUGCACCUACAAAUCAUAGGUAUUACUGUGAUGGAUUUUUAUAUCAUGACACGAACUCUGCAGAUUUAAUAGGUUCACCAUCAGUAUUACGUUGUUCAUCUGUUGCGCUUCCAAAUACUUGUGAACGAAAUCGAAGUGAAUAUGCCACUGAUUCCGAAAUUGGAAUGAGUCAUUAUGGCACAAGGUAUGUUGAAACUCUGUCAGGUGUCACUGUUGAAUUGAGCCCUACCUCAUCUCAGAAUUCAGUUAAUAAUAGAAUGACUCCAACUCCACUUAAAUUAAAUAAUAUUGGCAUGUUGCUCAAGCAGCUGCAGUACAACGAUGAAGUUAUCAGUGAUGCUGAGUUAAGUGCAGUAGAGGCAGAUCAUGUGGAACAUGGUGAUUUGGGUUCUAAUACAGAAUCUAGUAGAGGAUGUGAGUCUCAAGAUGUCAACGCUUACAUACCCAGCGAUGGUGAUAUGAAUCUCUCGCGUUCCCAUCAAACAAAGGAUCGAAAUGUUGAUAAUGGGAGAAUUGAAAGCGCCUCUCACAUCUCUGUCAAUACUACAGCAUGCUUCCCCAGUAGACCAUUGCUAAAUGAGCAGGGGAAUUUAUUUCAAGAAUCUCGAACUGCAUCUGACCUUGAAAUGAGCGAGAAAAUUGGGCAUAGUCAUCCUCAUGGUCAGAGUCAGCAUUCUUUAUUUAAUGACUCAUUCAGGUUGGAAGUAUGA